CGUAAAGAAGGAACCAAGCGCGGCUAUCUGAGCAAGAAGACGACCGAGAACAGCCGAUGGCACGAAAAGUUCUUCGCCCUCUACCAGAAUAUACUCUUCUAUUUCGAGAACGAGCAGAGCGCACGGCCAGCCGGGAUUUACCUGUUGGAAGGAUGUACCUGCGAGCGCGCACCGGCGCCCAAGAUGUCCAACAUGGUGAGGGACGCGCUGGAGAAACAGCACUACUUCCUGGUUGUGUUCGGUCACGAUGGACAAAAGCCUCUGGAGCUCCGGACAGAUGAGGAGUAUGAAUGUGAUGAAUGGGUGGAGGUCAUCCAACAGGCCAGCUAUUCUGACAUCAUCAUCGAACGAGAGGUGCUGAUGCAGAAAUACAUUCACCUGAUACAAAUAGUGGAGACGGAGAAGGUGGCUGCCAACCAACUGCGCACUCAACUUGAGGAUCAGGACACAGAAAUUGAGAGGCUCAAGUCAGAGAUUCUAGCUCUGAACAAAACCAAGGAGCGAAUGCGACCUUAUCAAAUACCGCACGGAAAUGAAGACCCAGAUAUAAAAAAGAUCAAAAAGGUUCAAAGUUUCAUGAGAGGUUGGCUGUGUCGGAGGAAAUGGAAGAUCAUCGUUCAAGAUUAUAUCUGCUCUCCUCACGCAGAGAGCAUGAGGAAGAGGAACCAGAUUGUCUUCAACAUGGUGGAGGCUGAGACAGAGUACGUUCACCAGCUCUACAUCCUGGUCAACUGUUUCCUGCGACCUCUAAGGAUGGCUGCCAGCUCCAAGAAACCUCAUAUCAACCACGAUGACGUCAGCAGCAUCUUCCUCAACAGUGAAACCAUCAUGUUCCUACAUGAAAUUUUUCACCAGGGCCUAAAGGCCAGGAUCGCCAACUGGCCAACACUGGUACUAGCCGACCUGUUUGACAUCCUGCUGCCCAUGUUGAACAUUUACCAGGAGUUUGUCAGAAACCAUCAGUACAGUCUUCAGGUUUUGGCCAACUGCAAACAGAACAGAGACUUUGACAAGUUGCUGAAACAGUACGAAUCCAAUGCGGCGUGUGAGGGAAGGAUGCUGGAGACUUUCCUGACAUAUCCAAUGUUUCAGAUUCCACGCUACAUUAUCACCUUACACGAGUUGCUCGCUCACACACCACAUGAGCAUGUGGAGCGCAAGAGUCUCGAAUUUGCCAAGUCCAAAUUAGAGGAACUGUCCAGAGUGAUGCACGAUGAGGUGAGUGACACGGAGAACAUUCGUAAAAACCUGGCCAUAGAGAGGAUGAUAGUGGAGGGGUGUGACAUCCUGCUGGACACCAGCCAGACAUUUAUAAGACAAGGUUCUCUGAUCCAGCUGCCGUCAGUGGAGCAGGGGAAGCUCAGUAAGGUCCGUCUGGGUUCCCUGUCGCUGAAGAGGGAAGGGGAACGGCAGUGUUUCCUCUUCACCAAACACUUCCUGGUCUGCACUCGCAGCUCUGGAGGAAAACUGCACCUCCUCAAGCAAGGUGGCGUUUUGUCCCUCAUCGACUGCACACUCAUAGAGGAACCAGAUGCUGCUGAUGAAGAGACCAAAGGUGGUGGUCAGGUGUUUGGUCAGCUGGACUUCAAGCUGGUAGUGGAGACCUCAGACUUACCUCCAUUCACUGUGGUAUUACUGGCCCCAUCGCGCCAGGAGAAGGCUGCAUGGACCAGCGACAUCAGUCAGUGCAUUGAUAAUAUCCGCUGCAACAGUUUGAUGACCAGUGUAUUUGAGGAGAACUCCAAAGUGACGGUGCCUCACAUGAUAAAAUCCGAUGUGCGUCUCCAUAAAGAUGAUGUUGACAUUUGCUUCAGCAAGACGCUCAACUCCUGCAAGGUCCCGCAGAUCCGUUACGCCAGUGUGGAUCGUCUGCUGGAGCGACUGACCGACCUGCGCUUCUUGUCUAUAGACUUCCUCAACACCUUCCUCCACACGUACAGAAUCUUCACCACGGCAACCGUGGUCAUGGACAAACUGGCCGACAUCUACAAGAAGCCGUUUUCCUCCAUACCAAUCAGGGCACCCUGUCCUUCAUUUGACCGUCUGUCCAUCUUAUCCAUGUGUUCUGACUACGGUCUGAAGAGAAAGAAGAUAGCCAUGGAUCAGUCAAAGUCCUUGGAGCUCUUCUUUGCUACGAACCUGAAUAACAGAGGCAGUGAUCACACAAACAACAAAUCUCCACGUUUCUGCCGCAAGUUCUCCUCCCCUCCUCCUCUGUCUAUACCAUCUCGCCCCUCCUCCCCCGUGCGGUCACGUAAGCUCUCCCUCCACUCCCCUGUCACAGCCAGGGUAGGCGGCCUGGACCUCACAAGUCCCCUGUCCAAUUUCAGUGUCAACAACAACAUGUCCCAGUCCGCUGCCAGCAGUCCUACAUCAGCUCACACCCCUCUGACCCCGACCCCUCAGACACCUACUCCAACUGCCUCUUCUCCUCCUCCUCCUUCUCUUCCUUCCUCAUCUAUCUCUCCCCCACCCAACAACUCCAAAACACCCCAGGACCAAGUUCCUCCCAUCCCCUCAUCACCAGAUCAGAGUCCUGGUCCGACUGCAGAGGGCGACGAUGUUCAGAGGAUUGACCCUUUCUGUGGGAAACUGAGACGCAGCAUCCGCCGAGCCGUCCUGGAGUCGGUGUCUCUGGAGAAGAUUAUUCCAGAGUCUCCUCAGAGCAGUGAAGCAGGAGACUUGUCUCCCUGUCGCUCUCCCUCUACACCUCGACACCUCCGCUACAGACAGCCUGGAAUCCAGUCAGGAGAAAACUCACGCUGCUUAGUGUCUCCUGCCUCAGCCUUUGCCAUUGCAACAGCAGCAGCCGGACAUAACACUACACCAGUGUUUACAAACUCUGAACGCACCUGUGAUAAAGAGUUCAUUAUCCGCCGAGCCGCAACCAACAGAGUUCUGAAUGUGAUGCGACACUGGGUCUCCAAACAUUCUCAGGACUUUGAGAUGAACGUAGAGCUGAAGAUGUCUGUGAUUUGUCUCUUGGAGGAGGUGCUCAGAGACCCUGACCUCCUACCUCAAGAGAGGAAGGCCACUGCUAACAUCCUGAGUGCAUUUUCUCAAGACGAGCAGGACGAUGCCCAGCUGAGAAUAGAAGACAUUUUACAAAUGCCGGACAUUCCAAAGGCUGAGUGUUUUGAAUCUCUCUCAGCGAUGGAGCUCGCUGAACAGAUCACUCUGCUGGAUCACAUUAUCUUCAGGAGCAUCCCAUACGAAGAGUUUCUUGGUCAGGGAUGGAUGAAGGUGGACAAGACAGAACGGACGCCUUUCAUCAUGAAAACCAGUCAACACUUUAAUGACAUGAGCAACCUGGUGGCAUCCCAGAUCAUGACCCACACUGAUGUGGGCUCCAGGGCCAGUUCCAUAGAGAAGUGGGUCGCUGUGGCUGACAUCUGCCGCUGUCUCAACAACUACAACGGCAUCCUGGAGGUCACAUCUGCCCUCAAUCGCAGCGCCAUCUACCGUCUGAAGAAGACCUGGGCCAAAGUCAGCAAACAGACUAAGGCCCUGAUGGACAAACUGCAGAAGACAGUGUCCUCUGAAGGACGGUUCAAAAAUCUGAGGGAAACCUUGAAAAACUGCAACCCUCCAUGUGUUCCAUAUCUGGGAAUGUAUCUCACUGACCUGGUCUUUAUUGAGGAGGGAACUCCUAACUUCACAGAAGAAGGCCUUGUUAACUUCUCCAAGAUGAGGAUGAUUUCCCACAUCAUCAGAGAAAUCCGUCAGUUCCAGCAGACUCCGUACAGAAUAGAACUCCAAGUCAAAGCGACCCAGUACCUUCUGGAUAAAACUCUGACCAUGGAUGAAGACACUCUGUAUGAUCUCUCGCUUAAGAUUGAGCCCAGGCUUCCUGCUUGAGCCUAGAGCCUUGAGCCUGUCAAGAGGAAUUCUGGAAGUUUUGAGCGCGACAUGGAAGUGGAAGUCUGAGCCUCGCUGCGGGAGAGAUUUUAAAAGUCCAUUGCGAUUUGCAAAUGGGAGUUCAUGUGAGCAGGUGAUCAUAAAGGGGUUCACUGCGGUGGCUGUAACAGUGAUGUAGCAUUAUACUAACAGAGGGAUGUGUGUGCUUGUGUCACUGUGUUGUUCUGUUUGUGUUCUGUCACCUGUGCAUUUGCUACCACGUCCUGCGGCACGGGUCGGAAAACCCCGUCCACACUGGUGUCUGUACAGAGUUUGCAUGAGUUAAACUUGAGAUGGAACCACAUUCAUAUUAAACUGUCUCCAUCAUGACCCUCAGCUGAGCGACCUAUGCACCCUCAGUAGGGCCCAGAAAAGGAAAAUGCCUACAGAACAUAACAAACAAUGUAAAAGACAUUCAAAUGUAAUGAACGGCUGGAUUCUGUUUUAGUUUUUAACCUAAAUAUAUCUGGUGAGAAUAAAGAGUUAAUGUUUUACAUAAA